AUGGUGUGUGGAUGGUGGACGCGCUGUAAGGAGCGCUGCGAAGAUAGCGUGGAGGCGCGGAUGGUCCGCUGGGGGUGGUCUCUCGGCGCUCGCGACCUCUUCUGGCACUAUGUGCAGCUAGUCAGGGAGCAGAUUGCAGCCGUCAUCCCUAUCAGCCUGUUCCAGAUCCUGGUGCUGGCCAUCUUUUUCCAGGUCGCGCCCGCCGAUGCGGGGCUGCAGGUCAUGGGCCUGGUGUGCGCCAUCUGGGGCCUGGCCGCCUUCCUCGAGGGCCUGCGCGUCUGCAUCAUGCCGUUUGCCGAGGUUCUGGGGUCGGAGCUGCCAACCAAGGUGCAUUUGUCUGUGGUGCUGAUCGUCUGCUUCUUCCUGGGAGUCCUGGUCACGUAUGCCGAGCCCGCCAUCGCCUCCCUGCGCCCCCUGGCCUCCCUGGUGGAUCCCUCAGAGGCACCCUAUCUUUACUAUAUGAUGAAUCAGCAGCAGGAGAUUCUGGUGCUGUGCAUCGGACUGGGCGUGGGCGUGGCCGCCGUCAUCGGCACCCUGCGGUUCAUCUGCGAUUGGCCCCUCAAGCCCCUCAUCUACCUGACCCUCAUACCCACAUGGGGAAACGUGAACUUGGCUCCCCUGCUGGGCAUGUCCUGGGACUGCGGGGGUGUGACCACAGGCCCCGUCACUGUGCCGAUCCUGCUGGCGCUGGGCAUCGGCGUGAUGCGCUCCCAGCGCCAGAAGCGGCUGGCCACCGCCGCCCUCGAGCAGAGCGUGGCGGCGGGCGCGGGGCAGGCGCUGGAGGGCUUUGGCAUCGUCACCCUCGCCUCCCUCUUCCCCGUGCUGUCGGUGGAAUGCCUGGGCAUCGUGAAGGAGAUGGCUGAGGAGCAUGCCGCGCAGGUCCAGGAGGAGAGCGCCAUCGACAAGUCGCCCCUCAAGGAGGUCAUCUUUGCCAUCCGCGCCAUCCUGCCCCUGGUCGUCGCCCUCUCCCUCCUCAUCCUCCUGCUCCUGCGCAAGCCGCUGCCGCAGUGCAGCUGGGCGGUGGAGCCGCGCGACCGCCGCGGCGCCGACACCGCCAGUGACGACGCCUCCUCCCGCAGCGGCGCCGAGUCGCUGGGCCGCCCCUCGGUGGGACGCCCCUCCAUGGGGCGGCAGUCCAUGGGAGCCAACAACAAGUACUCUGCCCUGUACCGCGCCUCCGUGGCGAUUGCCGCCGCCAACGACGGCAAAGACGACCUGUCGGAUGGCGACAGCGUGGGCGCCGCCACGCCGCGCGCCGCCGCCGCCGCCGACGACACUGCCCACGCCGGCCGCGGCGCCUCCGCCGCGCUCAAGGCCGCCGCUAAGGACGCCGCGGCGGCCAAGGGCCUGGAGCAGGCGGAGAGCGGCGGCCUGGCUGCCGUCGCCGAGGCGCCGGCGCCGGCCAAGAGCGGCGGCAUGCGCGGGUUCUUCGCCCGCCACGGCGCCUUCAUGUCGGCCGUCGCCGUCUGCCAGAUUGGAAUGAUUGCCUUCAACAUCGGCCUUACGUAUGGCUUCACCACGCUGGGCAACCAGACUGGCGAGACGCUGCCUGCCUCGUUCCUCAAGGUGCCCUACGACCCAGACUCUCCAUACUUCAGCUACGCGGGCGGCCUGGUGCUCACCAUCAUCGUCCUCUUCAUCCUGGGGGUGCUGGCCACCCGCGCAGAGCCCGCGCUCAACGUGCUGGGCAGGACUGUUGAGAAGCUGAGCGGCGGGACGUUCACCUCUGGCAUGCUCAUCGGCGCUGUGUGCGUCGGCGUGGGCAUCGGUCUGGUGGCAGGCUCACUCAAGAUCCUCUACGACCUCCCCCUCAUCUAUUUCCUGCUGGCCAAGUAUGCGGUGGCCGUGGUCCUCACCGUCUUUACCGAGGACUCGAUCACUGCUGUGGCCUGGGACAGCGCGGGAGUGACCACCGGCCCCGUCACCGUGCCCUUUGUGCUGGCAAUCGGCAUCGGCUUCGCCAAGGCCGUGGGCUCAGCCGAGGGCUUUGGCAUGCUCACCAUCAUGUCUGUGGCGCCCAUCAUCUCUGUGCUGGCCUUCUCCCACAUCCGCACGCCCGCCCAGCAGGCGCGCCGCAAGCUGUCCAAGGCCGCCCGCUCGGUCAACAUCACCAUGCGCCGCACGGUGACGGGCGGGCGCCGCAUGAAGUACAGCCAGUCCACAGCUGCUUUUGCCAUGGACGCCGGCAGCUCCCUGCCCGUCUCCCCAGAUAUGUCGACGGCGGCAUGGGUGUUGUUUGCGAGCAAGGCAUGCAAGUCCGCCACAAUGCGGGUGUCUAACGCCAUCAGGCGCCGCCGCGACACCAGCAUCAGCGCGCGCUCAAACUCGGUGAUGACUCUGUUGGGCACUAGGUGGCACGGCGUGUCGGACAACACGUUGAACACGUCUCGCACCCCCACCAUUGUGCCGCCCCAGUCGCCGCCAUGCUCACAGCUGCAGCGGCCAAGCCGGCAUGGGAGCGCAGAGGGCGUCGGGGCAGCGGCAGCAAGCACGUGCGGCAACCUUGUGCCGGCAGGGCACACCCAGCGGCAGGCCAGCAGGCAUUGGGCAGCACGUGCAGCUGACCUGGUGUGCCGCACCCAGGCGAGGCCCAUCGCGCCGGUCUCAGGUAUCCACAGCUUGCGCAUGCGCAGCAACACACCGUUGUAUCCGUCAGGUUGCAUGAACAGCGUGAAAUCGGCGAAGCUGCCUCGCCGCGCCAGCAUGUGGGUCAGGCACGACAUGCUGCACGUAUGGCAGCUGCUGCUGGAUGCCAUCAAGCCGGUCCUCAGCCUAUGGCCUGCCUGGACCGGCUGGGCAGCUGCUGCUACGCUGGCCCUGCUGCUGGCCCUGCUGGCCAUGGGCCACAGCGACAUGCGGUGGGCCGCCACCUACGCCCAGGUCUUCCAGCGGGCGGCCUCGCCCUCGGCGGCGGCGGUGGCGGGCUGGGACAGCGUGGGCGAGACGGAUGUUCUGUACCCGGCAGACGCAGACGCCCCAUCCCCCGCCGCCGGCAACGGCAGCAGCAGCAGCAGCAGCCUGCGCCUGGAGAUCGUGGUGGCGCACCGCACGGGCUGGUCGCUGGACACGGCGCAGGCCGACCUGGGGCGCCUGCUCAACCUGUCUGCCAUCUCCACGCUGGCGCCGUCGGUGACGCUGUAUGUCAAGGGGGACGACACUGAUGUGGCCGCCCUGAAGGAGCGCUGGGCCUUUGCGCCGCAGCUGAACGUUAUCAAGCAGGAGGAUGUGGGCGGCGCGCCGCACAGCUUCCUGACGCACAUGGUGCAGCGGUAUGAUACCCUGGCGGGCCACACGCUCUUCUUCUCCUCCGCCCACCACCUGGACGAUGCCUUCAUGCGCCUCGAGCGCCUGCUGGUGCCACAGACGGGCUACCUCGGCCUCAGCGCGCCCAGCUUCUGCAGGCAAGGCGGGGCGGGAGGUGGUGGGAGGCUGGGUGGGGCCUGCUUUGGGCUGCUGCGGGAGCAGGCAGGGCAGGCUGGCCUGGCGAGGGCGCCUCUACUGCUGAUGGCAGCUGCCUGUGUGAGGGGGUGCGGCUUCCAGGGGACGCUCAUGGGCCUGCGAGACAUGUUCCACUUCAUGAGCAAGCGGUUCUGCCACCUGCAAACCGGCGAGGCCUUCUCCCACUUUGCCCGCAACCAGUUUGUGGUGUCGCGGCGCCGCAUCCGCGCGAGGCCGCUCCGCUUCUUCGAGCAGCUGCUCCAGCUGCUGGGGCCCGACAUGCUGCCCAGGGGGGACGCCUCCUUCCUGCAAGACCCAGCCGACAUGCAGCGCUGGGCGACUGCCGCGUCGCCUGCAGACCCGUUGUUUGGCCAGGCGAGUGGUCGGGAUUUGUUGGGCGGCCGGUUUGGGAUGGGAGGAGGCCGGCUCUGGUGGGCAGCCAAGCGCCCACUGGUGAUGGAGCGGGCGUGGGGCCUGGCCUUCCACUGCUGGAAUGCGUCCGUCACCGCCGCUUGCCGCUGCUCAGUCGACAUCCCCUACCCAGUGUGCGACCCCAGCCAGUGCCAGUGCCUGGACGACCCAGCGGCGCGCCGCCUGCGGAACGGCUUCUUCCCGCUGCCCAUCAAACGCUCCAGCUGACGCCCCGCCAUUCGUGGAUUGCAAAUGUGCGCGUUGUUUUGAACUGCCAUCUGUUUACUUCUGUUUAAUUACCACCA